AUGAAGCUAACUGUUUCCGUGACGUCGAAUGACGAUAUACUUUCUGUUGAUGUACCUGAUUCUCUUACUUUAGAGGAUUUCAAGGCAUAUUUACAAGCAGAAACUGAUAUUGAACCUAAGAAUCAAGUAUUACAACACGAAGGAAACACGCUCAACAAUGAGAAUACGACCUUAAAAGAAAUGGGGAUUAAGGAGGGUGAUUUGGUUAUAUUACUGAAGAAAGCUUCUAGCAACAGUGCGAUAUCUUCAGCUGCUCCAGAAUCAUCUCAGAUAAACUCGCAAAUUGAAUAUAUGAGACAGCAAUUUUUAAAUGACCCUCAAUCGAGCGACCAACUAAGAAAUUCGAAUCCUCAAUUGCAUUCAAUCUUGAAUGAUCCUGAGGAAUUCAGAAGGGCUAUGACAAACCAAUUGGAGCUGCUUCAACGAGGCUUUGCACCAAAUGUCAUGUCACCACAUCAGCAAGAAGAAUUGAAGAAAUUGCAAGAUAAUCCAGAUGAUCCUGAAUCUCAAUCUAAAAUAUUAGAAAUCAUUAGACAAGAACAGAUCGAUGAUAAUAUGAAAUUAGCUUACGAGAUAUCUCCUGAGAGUUUUGCAUCAGUUAACAUGUUGUACAUUAAUAUAUCUGUGAAUGGCCAUAAAGUUCAAGCGUUUGUCGAUACAGGCGCCCAGGCAACCAUUAUAUCACCAGCAUUGGCCGAAAAAAUUGGAAUAUCAAGACUCAUUGACCGAAGAUUCCAAGGAGAAGCUAGGGGAGUCGGUUCUCAGAAAAUCGAAGGAAAAAUUCACAGUGUACCUAUAAGCAUAGGUGAAUCUGAAAUUCAAAUUCCAUGUUCUUUUAUGGUUAUCGACACUCAAGUUGAUUUACUAUUUGGACUCGACAUGAUGAGAAGGCACAAAUGUGUAAUAGAUCUUCAAAGGGAUGUCAUUGUGGUAGGUGGUAAUGUUGAGGCUAAAUUAUUACAUGAAUCAGAGAUAGAAAGAAAAGCCUUUGGAGGAAGUGCAGCACCAUCUGGUUUUGGAGGAAAUAUCUUUAGCGAAGGAGCAAAUGUUCCUCCUGCAAAUAUAGCUCCUAGCUCCUCAAAGUUGUUAGCACGAAAGUCAGCUUCUGCGUCUGCGGCAGAGGCUGCUGUAAAGAGGAACAAUACAGGUAACUCAAGCAAUUCGCUGCAUACGUUCAAGCAAGAGGAUGUGAAGACGCUUGUAGGACUUGGAUUUUCAAACAAAGAGGCCAUUUUUGCUUUAGAGCAGACAAAUGGGAAUGUAGAACAAGCUGCAUCAUUAUUAUUUCAAUAA